GACAUCCAAUUCACCAUGGCAAUUUCAAGACUGUUGAUAUCAUUCUAGAGGCUCAGUUAUUUCUUACUGAUUCCUGUGUCCAGAAGUGCUUUCAAGUAUUGCGAUUCGGUGUAUGUUCUGUUGGAAUGUGAAGGAAAACUUACCCUAGAUAAGUAAAUUGCAAAGGAUUAAUAUCGUUUCGUUCAGUUUUCACCAGAUGGAAAUUGAUAGUAAAUGUAGAAAGUGAAAUAGCACGAACAUCCCAUUCUAUUGACUGAGUUUCUGCAACGAAAUUCAUAUCAAUAGAAUCACAAUGGAUACGGCCUAUUCAGCGGAGAUAAUAAACAAGUUCAAUAGUAUGAACCUGCGUCCCAAAACCCGCAACGAACCUGAGUAUGGGAAACUGACGCCUGAGCAAAUUUUGGACAUUACCAGACCACAAAUUAAUAACCAUCGGCCGAAGUCUUCAUUUAUACCAGCCAUAUGUAACUUCGAAACCGCUCGGAAAAUGGCUCAGGAAAAUCUGGAACACCAACCGUUACCGGAUGCUGUCAUGGACAUCGCAUUCAGAAAGGCCCAGGUUGCUGGAUCUGCAAACCCUGGGGCAGCUUUGGAGGUGGGCCCAUAUGCAACAGGGGUUGGUUGCAAAAAUUACAAAGCAGGACCCACGAAAUGCACUAAGUACAGGGUAUAUCGGCCGAAAACUUGUGGUGUCAUUCCGAAACCACUGAGCGCAUCUGGCAUGAAUGAGAGAAUUCCUGAUUUCAAGAAACGAGAAAAGGUCGGAGCAAUGGAUUUGGCGAUAGGAUGGGACUACAGAACCAAAAGGGAACCAAGGCGUGCAAUCUACAUGGAUGGAUCCAAACCAUCUGUUGCUCCGCCAAUCUUUGAAGUUGUUGAGCCACCGAAGGAGUUGAAUUUACCAAAUGUGGUUCACACUGGAGGGGUAUUUUCCAAUACUCUUGGGGAAGAAGAUUUCUUUGACCGCGACAUCAUUCGUCAGCAUGAAGAAUAUGCUAAGAACUACAACAGUGCCAACCGGUGCAAAUGUAAUGGUAGUGCAAAUUCCAAAAAGUCCAAUAAGUCUGCAAAAGCAGAGCGUUUGGAACGGUCUAAAAGUGGAAAUGGAAGCGAAGACCAUAACAAAGCAGAUGGUGCCGAACUUCCUGAUCUGGCUCACCAACGAGCGAAGGGUUCACCGAACUUGGCUCAGCUUACGGACCAAGAAAUUCGAUCACAAAGCUCAAGACAAAGAUCGCCUGCUGACAAACACAAAGACAAUAAAAUACCACGUUUGUGUCACAAUGCUCCAUCGGAUGAAGUAACCUACAAGGUACAACACGAAUUUAGAUGCGCUUUUAAGGCCGGAAUUCCACAGAGUAACUCAUCUGGAACCGUUGCCAGUUUCGACAGUGGAAUAUCUAAUUGUUCCCAAAAGAAUGAACCGAAAAAACUCACGAUUCCCAAACCUCGUGAACCGUAUAGUAAGAAAAACUAUAUUAUAGACACCCUUGCACCGCCGUUUGCGUUCUGGAAAAAAGGUUCCGGUUAUCCUGACUAUUGGCGUUUGGUGAGCGUUUAUCAGCAUGCGUAUAAACCAGCUGAGAAGCGGAAAUACCCACUGCUGAAAACGGUGUACCAAUAGACCGGUUUGGAUCUUAUUUAGCAAAUCUGUGAAACUUGUAGCGCAAAUAAUGUACUUUUGAUCAUAAUAAAUUAUAUUGAAACUACAUAUUCUAAUCUAA